UUUAGGUCUGCGUAGUAAUAAAUAAAUAAAUAUAUCGUAAUGAACAAUAAGAAAAAUACGCUUCGAGGUUAUCCUCACGUGUAAUUGUGAUGGUAACUGAGUGAUCGUUUUUCCUGUCCUGACGGUAUUUUGUGAGGAAAAGUGAUGGGAAUAUGCGUUGAGUGAAGUUGUUACACCAUAUUGGUUUGAAAAUGGCGACGAGCGCGGGAGAGACGGAGGAGUUUGAAGGGUUCCUGGGGUUUUCAGAAACUGGGGGACAGAAGAGGCACAAAAAACACAAACACAAGAAGCAUAAGAAGAAGAAGUUGGCGGUGGAUGAAGAGGGUGUUAUUGACCAAAGCAGAGUCAAGAAGAAGACGUUCAAAGUGAGAGUUACUGGUGACAGUGAAAAAUUACCAGAAAAAAAUCGAGAAAAACUUCCGAAGGGGCCCUCCACCCCGCUGGCUGGCCCCAGCGCCUCAUCAUUACCGAAAGUCGUGAAGAAAAAAGUCCCAAAGGGUGGAAAACCGAGGGACAGUGGAACCAGCAGCGAGGAGGAGCGAUGGCUGGACGCUAUCGAGUCCGGAAAACUCGAGGAGGUGGACGACGAAUUAAAAAAAAUAAAACCAAAGGAUCCCAAACUGAUGACAGCGAGACAACGUGCAAUGUUCGAGAGAAAAACGGACGCAGAGCCAAAUCCAGGAGUUGAGCAGUUGAUGUCCCUUCCCACUGGGUACAAGGAAAAAGUUAUGACAGCUGAGGCCAUUCAAAAGGCCGCUCUCAAGUCGUUAAAACGAAAGCAACUGGCUGACGAGAAAAGAGAGAAAGAUAAAAAAAAAACGAUGGAGAGGCUGUUGAAAAAGCAAGAGUCUAAAGCCUCAAAGAUCACAGGAAAGGGAAAGGCGUCGAAGAGACAAGUACCUCUGGUUACUUAUCGGCUGACACUCGAGGGGAGCUCCAUAUCGUAUCCUCCUGGGGAAGAGUUCCCCCUCAGACCGUCGAAAAUGAAAAAAACGCCCGAAGUCCCUUUAUGUGCAGUUCAACAAUGCAGAAACCCCAAAAAGUACUCCUGCUCCAAGACGGGUAUCUCCCUGUGCAGUCUCCAGUGUUACAAAGCCAAUCUAGCUGGAAUCAUGACCUGAAAUGUUUGUACAA